GUGUCCCAUCCUAUGUUUUUUUUCUCUCAGGGCCAGCAGUUACACAGAAAUAACAGAUGCAGCCCAUUCUUCUUAAGACUCGCCACAAGCACCCCCUGCUGCCUCUAGACCCAUAAAUACCUAGAGUCAAAUCAGCUUGCUCCUGAGGGCCAGGUGCUGGCUACGACUCAAGUGGGUGCAGCUUUUACACUGAGAAUGACGGCUUCACAGAUACAGAGUCAGGAGCUUGGGGAAUGCGUGCAGCAGAUUUCAAGGGUGUUACACCAAUGAGGGUAGACGUAAUAUUAGCUUAGGCCAAAUUUCCUGGUAUGAGUGCACUUUCUAGAGCUUCUGGGUUUCAUGGGUUACCUUGUGCAGCUGGACUUGGUUCUAAUAGCUUGCUUGGUUGCCUGACUGGAGCUUGGAUCCAACAGUGGCCUAAAGGUAAUGAGGCAGAGAGACUGGAACUGCCCUAGCAUACGAUGGAUGAGGGGAGUCACAAGGUUUAGGGAGACGGAAGUGCCGGAUUGGAAUAAUUGUGGUCAACUUGCAUGUCUACCCUCCAACCACGUUCCCCAAGAAGGCAUCCCUUACCGGCCAAUCCCAUGAUAGUUAAUCAUCCUGUAUGUUGAACUUGUCCUAUUCCCAUUCCUGUGUGGUUUCGAUCUCCUGAUUGGACCCCAACUGAGGCACAUGGCAAAGACAAAAAGAACAGCACCCUCUGAAGCUUCCCAGUGCUUCCAGGAGGAGCAGCACCCCCCACCCCCAAAGCCAGAUGAGCUCAGGGGGCCUGGAAUCCCUCUCUCUCAGCCCUAGGGUGAGCUGGGCUUGCAGACUCCCUCAGGAGGUGCUCUGGCCCCUGCCCCCAGCCCCUAGCUGUCAUUUCCCACUCCGGCUAUUAUUCCAUUAGUAUUCACCACUUCCUCCCCACUCCCUUCCUUUAGCUGUUCCUAGGAGCUCCAUUAUUCAAACUUGUGGGGAGGAAAUCAGGGCUGGACAGAUCAUCAACUGCUGCUGCUGGUAGACUGGGUUCCUGCCAUAAUGGGGACAGGCCCACCCCAAACCAGGGUUGGGUAAAGGGGCCCAGGCUUAGUGGGAGGCCCUUAGUCCUACCCCAAGUCCUGGGAGGUCUCCAGACAGCUGAUGCAGCCCCAACAGCAGGGGCGAGGGCAGGGAUGCAAACACUGGCAGACACCCUCUCCUGCCCCAGGGGGCCGGAUGUGAGUGCAUGCCACUGGGGGAGGGGCGAGGCUGGCUCCAGGGCUGCAGGUUGGGGGUAGGGUAGGAACAGAUACCCACCCUGUUGGGCAGCAGCACAGGUGCUGAGAGGGAUGGAAGAAGUGUAGGGGGUCAGCUCCGGGGGUUCCCUGCGUGCCCCACCCCGUCACCCUCUAUUGUCCAUGGCGCUCUAAUCCUUUCCUCUCUUCUUCCUCCUCCUGGCUUCCUCUCCACCUCCCCCUGGGUCUGGCUGCGAAGCCUCGGAGUCCCUCCCCUCUGCCCUCCACCUGCCUCUCUCAACUUCACUUUCCCAGCUAGCACCCCACAGGGCUUCUGCCACCCCUUAUCUUUCUCACCACCUCCAUUUCCCUCCUCCCCUCCCUCCUGGCCCCCUUCCCAUUUUCCCUUCUUUGUCUCUCCCCCUCAGCUCUCUCCAUCACCUGUCUCACCCCAGCUCCCCUCUCUCUGUUCCUGGCCAUCUUCCCUCUCCACAAUGUCUUUCCUCCUCCUCACCAGCCCCCUUCCCCCCACCUCACCCUGACUGGGCAGCAACAACAAACAUCCCUCUCUGGCAGGCCUGCCAAUCGCUUCCCACUCAGCACAUUCACUGCCGCCUCCUUGCCAUGGGCGUGGCUGGGCGCCAACUUCUCAGCCUCCCCUUCUCUGCUUCAGAGGGACCCUGCCUUGCCCGGGUCACUCUGACACUCCCCAGCCCAGGCCCAGCCCUCAGCCGCACCCUCCCUGACACUCCCUCCCUCCCCAGGCCUGGUUCUCCCUUCCCAGGCCUCACUAGGCCCCCCGUCUGGUUUCUGUGGCUGUCCCCUACACCCUUCCCAGAUGUCUCACCAGAAACCAGCCCUAACACGCCAGAGCCCCAUCUCUGGUCGGCCUCCUGCCCUCCUCCCUCCCUCCCGCCUCGGCCCCGCCCCAGCCCCUGGGGCCCUCCCUGCUCCCGCGCUGCUCCGCUCCCCUCCCGGCUCCUCUGGACUGGCGGGGCAGGGCUGGGCCAGGCAGCCGAUUACGCAGGGGCUGGGGCAGGCCAUCUGAGAGACAGAGGGAGGCCUGACCUGAGGCCCGGCACCCGGAGCUGGUGGGAGCUGGACCCAGAGCUCCCGCGGCCACCCCUUCUCUGGGCCGGGUCAUGCGCUGCCCCAAGUGUCUUCUCUGCCUGUCAGCACUGCUCACACUCCUGGGCCUCAAAGUGUACAUCGAGUGGACAUCUGAGUCCCGGCUCAGCAAGGCCUACCCCAGCCCUCGGGGCACCCCACCAGGCCCCACGCCAGCUAACCCUGAGCCCACCCUGCCUGCCAAUCUCUCCGCCCGCCUGGGCCAGACUGGCCCACUGCCCUCCGCUUACUGGAACCAGCAGCAGUGGCGGCUGGGGUCCCUGCCCAGUGGGGACGGCACUGAGGCGGGGGGCUGCCAGGCUUGGGGGGCUGCCGCUGCCGCCGAGAUCCCCGACUUCGCCUCCUACCCCAAGGACCUCCGCCGCUUCCUGCUGUCAGCAGCCUGCCGGAGCUUCCCACAGUGGCUGCCUGGAGGUGGUGGCGGCCAAGUGUCCAGCUGCUCGGAUGCCAAUGUCCCCUACCUGCUGUUGGCCGUGAAGUCAGAGCCAGGGCGCUUUGCAGAACGACAGGCUGUGAGGGAGACGUGGGGCAGUCCAGCUCCUGGGAUCCGGCUUCUCUUCCUGCUGGGGUCUCCGGUGGGUGAGGCGGGGCCUGACCUGGACUCACUGGUGGCCUGGGAGAGCCGUCGCUACAGUGACCUGCUGAUCUGGGACUUCCUCGACGUCCCAUUCAACCAGACACUCAAAGAUCUGCUGCUGCUGGCGUGGCUGGGCCGCCACUGCCCCGCGGUGAGUUUCGUCCUGCAAGCUCAGGAUGAUGUCUUCGUGCACACCCCUGCCCUGCUGGCUCACCUUCGGGCCCUGCCACCCGCCUCGGCACAAAGCCUCUAUCUGGGUGAGGUCUUUACCCAGGCCAUGCCCCUCCGGAAGCCGGGAGGACUCUUCUACGUGCCCGGGUCCUUCUUUGAAGGUGGCUACCCAGCCUAUGCAAGCGGAGGUGGCUAUGUCAUUGCCGGGCGCCUGGCACCCUGGCUGCUGCGGGCAGCAGCCCGUGUGGCACCCUUCCCCUUUGAGGACGUCUACACUGGCCUUUGCAUCCGUGCCCUGGGCCUGGUGCCCCAGGCCCACCCAGGCUUCCUCACAGCCUGGCCAGCAGACCGCACGGCGGACCACUGUGCUUUCCGCAGCCUGCUGCUGGUCCGGCCCCUGGGCCCCCAGGCCAGCAUUCGGCUCUGGAAACAACUGCAAGCCCCGCAGCUCCAGUGCUAACUCUGAGUUAGCACUGGGGAGGGUAGGGUACCGACCUGCUUGCUCUGCCCCUCCUUUCAAGUCUUGCUGAGAGGGAGAAGGGCCUAGAAUCUGGACAAUUUCAGCCACUUCUGGGCCUCCCCUGCCAGGGGCCUGGGCAGGAAAGAUGGGGCGGCAAACCGUUUGUGCCUACUUUUUGUUUUUGAAAAAUAUGCACUCCCCACUCUGAGG